UUGAUAAGCCUAGUAGAACAAUGAAGGAUGCUACGACGCCGUUUCCUCUCCUCUGUAAUCUUCUUCAGCGAGGCUGUUGCAUCCCCAAUUCCCCAUGCCCUAUUCCACCAUUCCUCCCCUGUAUUCAGUGAAGCAACUCAUACCGUGAAAUUUUUAGGUAUAGAGAAAUAUUUUGGAAAAAAACCAAGAAUUUUGGAUUCUUGUCCAGAACUAGAAGCACAGAAUGCUGAAGAAAAUUUGAUGGAGAAUGAUGAUAUAAAUGAAAGUGAAAUCAAGGCUGAUCUUGGUUUGCGAAAACCAAUUGCAGAAUAUGGUGUGAAUAUUCGGGAUCGUAUUCGUAGAGAAUAUGUAGCAAAAGGCCCUUGUCAACCAAAGGGUAAUAUUUUUCAAAAAACGCAUCAAGGAAAAGAUAAUAGGAGUUUUAGAGAUGCUUGGUACAAAGAUUAUGAUUGACUAGAAUAUAGUGAAGCGAAAAAUGCCGCAUAUUGCUUUUACUGUUUUCUUUUCAAGCGUGGUUAUGUGGCACCGGGAGAUGAAGCCUUCACUAGUUGUGGUUUUUCUAAUUGGAAAAAAGCACUAGAAAGAUUCAAGGCGCAUGUUGGGGAUAAAAGUAGUGCACACAACAAAGCAAGGAUAGAAUAUGAAAAUUUUGUCAAUCAAAGGCAAAGUGUGACUUAUGUUGUAAGUAGAGGUAUGACAACAAAAGAAAAGGAAUAUCGAAUUCGAUUGACUGCAACUGUUGAUGUAGUUCGUUUUCUUUUGAUUCAAGGUUUGCCUUUUAGGGGACAUGACGAGUCAUCUACGUCUUUGAACAAAGGUAAUU